GAAAUAAAAAGAUUAUGUAUGAAUUUGUUCUCUCUCUGAUGCAAUUCACCAAGCUCAGCUGAAUAAUGGAAACUAUAACCACCGCCACCACCACCACCACCAUCACCGGCGCCGGCUCUCUACGCCUGUUCUCUCCUUUCAAAUCCAAGCAACCUCCUCUCCCUCGUCUCCUCCGAUGCUCAAUUUCCCCCAAAAAUGGCAAUAACAGCGACGGAAAACUCAACAGCGACCGCGAUCUCAGUUCCGAUUCCGCCCUCGCCCCAAUUUUAAGCAACGGAACCUUCUCGAAGGACGAUGCGAUGGCGCUGGUGCUCAGCGCCGCGAACGUGGGCGGGUGGACGACCGGGUCGGGUAUGGAGGGCCCGCCCGUUCCCGCCGGUUCGGAUUCCGAUUCCGUUACGGAGCGCGUGUCCACUUUCCCGUGGUCGCUCUUCACGAAAUCGCCUCGGCGUCGGAUGCGCGUGGCCUUCACUUGCAACGUCUGCGGCCAGCGCACCACUCGCGCCAUCAAUCCUCAUGCCUACACCGACGGCACCGUAUUCGUUCAGUGUUGUGGUUGCAAUGUUUUUCAUAAGCUGGUGGACCAUUUGAAUCUAUUCCAUGAGAUGAAGUGCUACGUGAAUUCGAGUUUCAAUCCAAAUCCAAACGAUAACAUGAACAUCAAAUAUCUGGACAUGGAUGAGGACAGCAACGACAGUACUUUUCCGCCUUUCUGAAAGGUCGGAAAUGCUAGUGACACUUUCAUUUGUAUGGCUGUACAUAUUUAUUCACAUCAUUGUUCAUGUAAUGUAAAUAGGAUGUUAUUGUUGUCGAUAUUUGUAUCAGAUAGAUCUGUACUGGCAUAAUCUGUACAUUUUACGAUAUGAUGGCCGAUCAUAUCUGAACCAAAGUAGACUGAGAUACUUUACUCUUUGUUGGUGAUUCCUUAUGUUUAUUAAUGUAGAACUGCACAGCCUUUUCUAA